AUGUCAGAGUAUUACGAUGAAAUCCGUUGGCGAGAUGAGCAUUCAUGGGCGAAGAUGGUUUUUCCACCAGCUUUUCCACUGUAUAAUGAAUGCCUCGCAUGCGUGCAGUUGUGCUCAAGAGUGCCUCUCCAAGAUGAAAGUGGACACCCUGUCGCGAAUCUGUCUCGCAAGGCCCGGAUUGGGAUUAGCAUGAUGAAAGGUGUGGACGGGUCCUUCAACCAACUCAAGGAUCGGCUGACAGUCCUGCACUUGUGCAUUGGAGACAUGGGACGCCCAGCGCUGGGGGUUUCUUAUCUGGUGUGGCACCUGUGUGGAUUCUUAGGCGGCUAUCUCUCCAGCGAUCUGCUUCAGGGAUACCAGGUGCAGCGGGAGCUCAAGGAGACCACCGAGACUCUGGCCCGUGCUGCAUCGCAAGCGGCGGCUUCUCGCUGUAUUGACGCGCUGGAGCAGGUGUGUUGCAUAGAAGAUCAUAAACCACGCUCUGGGCAAAAGCGUCCUGCUGGGCCCAAGUCUUCGGCCUCAUCGGACUACGCUUGGGUGUGGGUUUUGGUCGCUACUUUGUGCAACUGGCUUAUCGGAGGGCUGGUUUCGCUGUGCUACUUCUGUUGUCGGCGAGUCCCAGCCGUGGUCGAGAUUGAAGAAGAAGAGGAGUCGCCUGGCUCCCCGGUGGAGCAACGAGCCUUGGCCCAGCAGCAAUUGGCUGCCUUGUUAGUACUGCAACAUGCCGUCGACGAGGACUACGCGGUGGUAACUCCGGACCGGGACAUCUUUGUAGAGACUCUCUCUCUGGCGAAUGAUGAUCUCAGGGGAUUGCGCCUUUUGCCCAUCGGAGGCGCUAUGCCGGUGGGGCUCCGUGGGGGAUCGGUGUAUCGAUUACCGGCCCUCACAGCGCUUGACAUUGCUGGCUUCAAGGCACAGGCGGCCCCUGUGGUCGCGGCAGAGCUCGCCUUGAGGAUCGGCGGGGCGGCUGCGCCAGUCGCUCCCGUCGCUGCGGCCGCUGGCGCUGAUGGCGGCGCCGGGGGUGUGGCUGCACCGGUUGGAGCCGCUGAUCCAGAAGACUUUUGCUGGGUGGCCGCGGAGGCGUCCGGGGGCUAUAAGUUCGGGGACAUUGUUCAAGGAGUCAAUGUGGCGGCUGCCGAUGGUGCUAAGGCUGUACACAUGACAGCUCCGGGGGCAAGUUUGUUCGUCGCAUGCAUUCGUGUUCGUGAUCGGGAUGCUUUCCUUCGGCGCCCGGGUGGAUGGGAUCUUCGUACAGUCGAGCGAGUUGCAGAAGAGCUUGGUCGUUCUGAGGCCCCUUUGAAGGACGUUGUUAGCCAGUGUUUGGAGUCUCCGGUGCAGUGGGGUUUGUCAGGGCCGCGGACUGCCAGGUGGUGCCUCCAAUACCUCAUUGUCGAGGGGCUGGGACUUGAGGGGCAUCAUGAGAGGGUCAGACAGCUCUGCAAGGUUGACUCUUCGGCUUGGGGGAUUCAGGAACAUUGGCAGCUCAGCAACGUGAUCAAGCAUGCGCUCCAAACCGACCAGCUCAAUGGAUGCAAUUUGCUUUCGCUUGAGGUCAUGUUCCGCCGGCUUCAGACGAUUGAAUAUGCUUAUAGUGAGAAGGCCAAGGACAGUGAGAGCCGCGCGGUUGGAGGGCGUCUCUCCCUGGAGGAGCAGCAGACCUUCGGGGGCACCACCCGACUUGCCUCUACACUCAUGGUGUGUCCGGAGCUUCUUGAGCACGUGAAGGCCGAGGUGGAACGGGAUGCUUCUUUGGCAAAGAACCUCCGUAAAGCUCGCGAAGAGCGUGAACUUGCCCGCCGAAACGCCAAGAAGGGCGGCAAGGCGGGCGAUGACGGUCAUUUGGUGAAGGAGGCGAACUUGACUAUCGCUGCUCUUAAUUCAAUGUACCAGGCCCCUGCCGAGAAGGACAGCUACUUGCGGGGGUACACUUUUGAUGGGGCCUCUGAAGCUCAGCGGGAGGUCCAGGCUUUUGUCUAUGACGCCGUUGUUAACAUGGGCCAACCACCGGCCCUUUCUCACACAGGGGCGCUUCGGCUGCUCCGUGCGGCGGGCGGGUACACAGACGACCAGGCUGUGGGCACCGUCGCCGGCUAUGAUCCCGAGAAGGUCUCACUUCCAGAAGCAGGGUGGCAACCUAUUCCUCUUUCUGAUUUGUGGGGCCCAACCGGGCGGGAACGAGUUCAUGACUUCGUUCGGCAUCAGCUUCUGCCUCCGGAUGAGGCGCAGGAGCAGGUUGCAAAGCUUGGGCUGAAAAAGCUCUACAUGGAUCCUCGGCUGAAGGAUCGCAGGGUUUACACACGUUUUCUUCAGCGCAUGCAGGCGUCGCACCUCGUGGAUUUCUCUCUGAAAAAGCCCUGCGAGGAGGUCGCCGUCUUCUUCGUGACGAAGAAGGGAGACAGACUUCGACUCAUAAUAGACGCUCGGAGAUCUAACGCUCACUUCCGUCCCCCUCAGUCUGUCAGCCUGAGCACUGCCGAGAGUUUAGGGUCGCUUGAGCUCGAGGGUGGCAAGGACUUAGUGGUUUGUCAGGCGGAUUUGAAGGAUGCUUUUUACCACCUCGAGCUCCCCUUCCAGCUUCGCGAUUACUUUGGACUUCCGGGCGCCCGUGCAAAGGACCUCGGCAUCACCACCGUCGGCGGGGUCAGGAUCGAUCAGGACACCAUCGUUUACCCUCGCCUUUCAGUGGUGCCGAUGGGUUGGAGCCAUGCCCUUUACUUGUGCCAAAGCAUUCACGAGUCCCUCGUUGAGCAGGCCGGCCUCGGUGACAGCAAUCGGCUGCGUGAUCGGCGUCGGGCACCCAACAGCCACUGCGCUCACACUCAGUACGUUGACAACCUUAUCGUCAUGGGUACCGCGGCGGCUGAGGUGAAAAGUCGGUUUUCUGCAGCGGUUCAGUCCUUGAAGAGUGCCGGGCUCCAAGUACAUGAGGAGGAGACCUCAACAGGGGAUAGCACCGUGCUGGGCUGGGAGUACACCGCGGGUGGCCUUUUCAGGCCCACUCGAAAACGGGCGUGGAAAGCCCGGUGUGCCAUCAGAGAGCUUCUUCGACGAGGCAGGGCUCGUGGGGAAGUGGUUGAACGACUGCUCGGCCACCUCACGUUCCUCAGUCUCUGCCGUCGGGAGGCUUUGUCGGUGUUUGGUGAGAUUUACAAGUUUGUCAAGGUGCAUCGUCGAUGCCCAGAGGAGGUUGUGAUCCCUAAGAGCGUCUUGCAGGAGCUUCGCAACUGGGAUGGGAUCCUGCCCUUGCUCUUCAAGGACCUCCGUUGCGAGUGGGCGGAAGGCCUGUCAGCUGUUGAUGCGUCCGAGUUCGGGCUCGGCAUGACACGGGCCGAGUGCUCGGCGCAGGAUGUGAAGAGACUGGGUGGGGUCGCUGAACGGUGGCGCUUCAAGGAGGCACUGCCCAACCCUCGGGCGGCGGCUUUCAGCACAGUGACUAGCCAAUGCGAGGUGAUGCCGCCCUUCGCCUUUGACGAGGACGAGGAAGAGGAUCGCUUUCACCAUCGGCGUGAUGAUUCCCAGUUUUCUCCUGUGCCCUUUGAGGAUAUCGAUCGGGCUUGGACGACGACUGGGAUGCAUCGAUGGAGACGGCCUCUCACUCUUCCUGUCGCUGAGGCCCGGGCUGCUUUGUACGCCGUGAAGCAUUGUCUUCGAGCCGGUGGUAGUUUCGGUAAGAAGCAUGUUAUCCUUAGCGACUCUAUGACGGCUACUUUGGCAAUCUCUCGAGGGCGCUCCAAACAUUACCACUUGAGACGCGUAUGUCAGCAGGUUGCUUCACUUGCCCUUUGCACCGGCUCUCAGUUCUUCCUGAGGUGGAUCCCCUCUGAGAUGAACCCCAGUGACAACCCAUCACGUGGGGAGUGGAAGCCGUCAGUUCCUAGCCGAGAGCCCAAGGACAAGCUCCUCGGCCAUGCUCCUGCGGGGGCUCCUGGGCAACAGUGCUCUCACCAUGGCCGAUGGCAGCGUGGCCAAGAAAAGGAAACGGGCCGCUACGACAUCGAGGGGGAGAUCGACCACAUCCUCGGCCACGGCGGGCCCAGCGCAGGCCUCCCUCCAGCUGGAGACGGAGACGAUCCCCAGAAAACUGAAGAAGGAAAGGCGUACAAGAGACAUUGGGAGGAGAUGGAGCCAAUGAUGCUGGAUGGACGCGGGCGUCUGCGGCCCCUUGCAAGAAUCGAUCAGGCCUUGGCCGAACACCUGGAGGAUCUUUACCGGGACGGGGAGGAUUUGGCCACGGCGCGGUAUGCCGUGGCAGCGGCGCUCUUCUUCAGACCGGAGCUCCGGUCGCCGGCAAUGACUCACCUUCCGAAGGUGAAACAGAGCCUGGCUGGGUGGAGCAAGUUGUGCCCUCCCAGGAGUCGCUUGCCCAUACCGUACGCAGUGGUGGCCUUGCUAGCGCUGCAUGCAUUGAGCUUGGGCCUUCUGGAAAUCGCAAUCUACCUGCUCCUGACUUUUUCUCUGUACAUGCGGCCGAGCGAGGGGCUCCGCCUCCGAAAGAAGGACGUAGUGAGGCCCAGCUCACGACAGGCUGGGUUUCAACACUGGUCGGUGGUGCUCCAUCCCUUGGAAGUCGGCGUGUGCUCAAAGACGCAGGAGUUCGACGAGUGCCUGCAGUUGGAUCUGCCCUACCACCAGCCGUUGGGACCGGCCACUUACAAAUUACUGCGGCUACAUCAGAAGCGAGGGGAGGAGCACAUCUUCACCAUCACGCUGGAGAAUGUCACCCAGUUCCUCGAGCGGGCUCAGAUCGAACUCGAACUCAAGGGUCUGGGGGAGCUGCAACCAUAUCGUUUGAGGCACGGUGGUGCCAGUCACGACUUCGUCAGCAAGCUGAGGGACCUGGCUUCCAUUCAGAUGCGGGGAAGGUGGAGAUCUCAGAGCUCAGUGCGACGAUACCAAAAAGGAGGCCGGCUGACUCAGCUGAUGCAGACGUUGCCGCCGCAUGUCAAGAGGGACGGUUGCGAGGCGGCCACCUUUGUGUUCCACGGCGUUCUUUCAGUCGGGCUCGUGAUCACCCGCCAGGACCAAGGCUAUGGCUAUGCCCUCCUGUGCAGCAUCUUUUACGAAAGCGCGGCUCAAAACGCGGCUGCUGUCGACAUUCUGGAUGUCGACAUGCCUCCCUAUGCCAUCGACGACGCAGAGCUUUACACGUUGCACUCUGGCCAGAAAAAGCGAGAUUUGCUGAGCGAAGUUUCAUUGGAGUUCUUGAACGCCUCCCUAUGCCAUCGACGACGCAGAGCUUUACACGUUGCACUCUGGCCAGAAAAAGCGAGAUUUGCUGAGCGAAGUUUCACUAUCUUGGUGGGAUAUCACUUGGACUUGGCUAGCAUGGCAGAUAUCCACCACUUCCAUGAUGCGCAUGCAGGCAACAUUCUUAUAUCUCUUUCCAGCAAGUUGCCUGCGGUCCGCUGGCAUGACUUUGCAGGCAAUUUUGGAUCUGCGGCUCGGAGAGUUGUUGCACAGACCUUCACCGAUGGCUUUGCGAGACAGAUUGAGGACUUUUCAGGCACGGUGAUCAGCCAAAUCCGUGGAAUGCACCAAGGUUUUGCGUCGAGGCUAAACGAGACGCGCAAGACAUGUAGCAUGGUCGGAAGAGACAUGAUAUGGGUGCGUCAGUGCCUGCGACAGCGCGCCUUCGACUUGGCAUCCACAAUGCUGAGUCUGAGCGCUUUGCAAACACUGGAGAAGCAGCGGCUCUUGGAGAGCAUUGCACCUGCACUAUCCGACUCGGACGCGAGGGUGUUGUGGCGACAUUGGUCGGAAGGCACGAGGGAGUACGGGAGCUGA